UGUGUGUGUGCGGAGGGGGCGGCGGUGUGUGCUCUCCUGUUCAGAGUGCGUGGAUUUAAAUGAGUCGUGCUGUUGUUGACGUCCGUGACGUGGAAUCUGAUGUGUGUGUCUGUGUAAUAGAUGCCUUUACGCAGGAGGAAAGCAAAUGGAUCUCCUGCCAAGUUCAGCACCCCUGGCUGCGAAACUGCGGAACACUCUGAUUCAGUACCACAGCAUCGGAGACAGCGAAUGGCGGGUUGCGAAGAAAACUAAAGAUGCAACUGUGUGGCGUAAACCAUCAAAGGAAUUUAGUGGAUACCUCUACAAAGCUCAAGGAGUGGUGGAAGAUGUUACUAACAGAAUAGUGGAUCAUAUUCGCCCUGGACCUUACAGGCUAGACUGGGACAGCUUAAUGACUACAAUGGACAUCAUGGAAACAUUUGAAGAGAACUGCUGUGUGGUGCGCUAUACCACUGCUGGCCAGCUCUGGAACCUGAUAGCACCAAGGGAGUUUGUUGAUUUCUCUUACACUACAAGAUAUGAAGAUGGGCUUCUAACAUGUGGUAUAAGCCUAGACUAUGGAGAGGUGAGACCUAACUUUGUCCGUGGAUUCAAUCACCCUUGUGGUUGGUUCUGUGUUCCUAUUAAGGACUAUCCUAGCCACAGUCUUUUGACAGGCUAUAUUCAGACUGAACUGCGAGGGAUGCUACCACAAUCUGCAGUAGACACUGCCAUGUCUAGUACCCUGGCAAAUUUCUACUCUGAUCUCAAAAAGGCACUGAAACCAGACAAAUAGUGACAGAAACCCCCGUGUAUUUCUUGCAAUCAAAUUAUAUUGUUUAGUUAGCAUAGACCAUCUACUGAGUUAAGAGGUAACAAUGUUCCUGAAUGAUACCUGCACCUUUAUGUUGAGGGAUCCAAACAACUUUACCAAGUACUUUUUGGUGUCAUACUUAGAAUACAUUCCUAAUCCAUGGUGCAGGAUUCUGUUUCCUGCUCAGCACUCUGCAGCUAUGUGGGGAGUAGUCUGAAUCUAAAACCCCUUGGCUUCCUAGGUAGAAAACACAAGAUGUGUGUGUGGGCGUGAAGAAUGCAGCAUGAACUCAGCUCCCACCAACAGUACUGGGAGUGGAGUGCUCAGGAUUUUGCUGGUGCAGGUUGCUGUAUGGGCAGCAUACACUGAAGAUGUAAUUUUGUAAUAUAUAUAUUUUUAUAUUUACUUAAAAUUUUUGAUUUUUUUAGUUUGUACAAUUGCAUCCAUAAUUUGUUUUAAAAAAUAUGCUUUGAUAUAUUGUAGAGAUAUUACACAGCUAAGUUGUUAAAUGUUCUUAUUCAUAAGAAAGCUAUUUGCUCUUCUUAGCAAAAAUAAGUAUUCAUUAUUGGCAUUUCUUCAGUGUUGUUACUGUAAUUUAAUUAACUGUUGUAUAUAACAGUCUCAGUGCAUAGGUAAAGAAAUGCCUUUACAGCUGAUCCAAAGCUCAUUUAAGUCAUCAGGUGUCUUUCCAUAGUUUUUAGUGGGCUUUUAAUCACACAGCAAACCUCCAAUGGAUCUUCUAUGAUACUCUGCACUUCUUUAGAAGUUUUUAAAUUUGCAUGUAAUUGUGUGGGGUUUUUUGUUUUGUUUUCCUUAACUGAAAAUCUUGUAAUUAUUAAAGCAACAGAACAGACCACUAACUUGCAUCAGGUGGACACUGGUGUAGCCACAACAGCACAGACUGCCAGCAUGCUGGUACAAUGCACUGCAGUGUUCUGUGGUAAUACCCCUAUAUUGAUCUUUCCAUUAAAGACAUUAGCAUCUUAAAACAUAAGCAACUGAAGGCCAAAGCUCAAGAUGCAGAAUUGCUCACAUCUGUUGGAGGAUGGAGGGUCAAAUUUUUAAGGGUAUUUAGCCACCCAGUGAUGCUGACAGAUACACAGCAGGGGCUUUCAGAAGAUUACUGUCUGUGUUGCUAGGGACCAUUAAAACCUGACAUUAAGCUUUUAAUGUUCGUAUGUGUAAUUUGCUCAGGUGAGAUUGUAAUUAUCUCUAUGCUUUAGCAGUGCUAGUGGAGGCAUUUUAGAUGUGUAGUAGCUAGGAAAAGUACCUUGGAGCCCUAAUACUUUGAGGCCAGUUUUAUACAUACAAUCCAAAGACUGGUUAUGAACUCUUAGAAGAAAAAAAAAAAAAAAAAGAGAUGAAAAUUUUUCCCUUGCAAUAUUGCCUAUUUUGACACUGGCCACUGUAGCUGAACUCUGAGCAGCAAGGACGUUUCUUUCUCAUUGUUCAAACAGAGGUAGGAAAAACAUAACACCAAAUAUAGUGAGGGGCCUUCCAACGUGCUUCAUGUAUUACGACAUUUAGUACUGUUUAAGACAGUUAAGAACAAUGACAUCAAACAGCCUUUGAUGUUUGCAGAGGCAGAAUAUACCAACUCCCUGUUGGGUUUUGUGUAUUCUGCAGUUUCCUUUAAACUCCUUGGCUACCCUUCCCAUCUUUUCUAUCUUCUUUGUUUUCUCCACAGUACUGGAAUUUCACAAGGUGAUCUUUCACCACCAAGGACAGUAAGGAAUUGAUGUCAGCAUACACGCUUUUUCCUAAGUGCCAGGGUCCACUCCUUUCUAGUACUGGUACAGUGGCAAGUAUGGAAGCCCUAGUAAUACUGCUCUGUGGGAUGAAAGCUGAUAUGAUUAUAGAGAAAGCUGUGUGAAGUGCACCCUGUUUAUUCUUCCCAGUUAUAAAGACUACAUGUAUAGUGCAUCUGCAAAUACAUGUCUUCUGUUUUUAAAACUGCUGGGACUGACUAAUUGAGAAGUUGUGAUACAGAUGUAUGUAGAGAAAAAUAUUCCAUUGCUCUGUAAAAAGCCCCUUUGAAAUCUACACAGAGGCACUUCAGUGCUGAAGAAAUGGGUCAAAAGGAGCACAAGACACUUAGAGGAUGAUGUUUAUACAACAGUAGGCACUGCAGGAAAAAUUAAGAGGUCCUUGUUCCAAACAUCCAUUAUAAGGGCUCUGACACCUCUAGAGUAUUUAGUGUUCAGUGAAAUGGCUUUUAUGCUUUCAGUGAAGAUAGGCUGAUGAAGCAUAGAGCAGCUGAAGAAGGAUGAAUUUGUCUUUAAAUGAAAGAAACUUGCUAGUGUAUUUUAAGUAUGAUUAUAUAAUAAAAAUUUCUCCAUUUUCCUUUUUAUCAACAGAGUUGUUUUCAGUAACAGGCCUAGAAAUGGAAAGAGUUUGUGAACAUGACUAAAGUUCCUGAAAGCCAAGUAGACCUUCUCUUUUGCAUUACAGUAAUUUAUUCCUGUAACGCUGAUAAAGCUGGCUUUGUGUGUUUUAACAGACAUAGUCUAUUGCUUCUGCCAAUGAUUCUGAACAUUUGAGUGAAUAACAGAGCAGAGACUAUGCAAGACAAAGAAUGGAGGCAGGUGUGGGGUUUUUAAAAAUCCAUCAAAGAGCAUAGUAUAAUUUUCCAGUUUUCAGACAAGGAGAAACCACAGAAGGUGCUAACAAAUUUUAAAGAUUUCUUCUGGGGAAUGUCACACUUCUAAAAAUUUUUCUGGUUUAGGAGUGCAGUGUAUACUGAUCAUGCUGCUGAAGCAAUGCAUAGCUGCUACCACUACAGUCAUUAUUCCAAACAGUUCAGUUAUAGAGUAAUACAGAGCUAGAAGGAAGAUACCCAGUUUCAUAGUGUGUUUUAUUUAUUUGAAACGAAAACUUACUUUCUUUUUAUAUAGCUAAGGAUUGAGAGGAGUGUUAGAUCUUGAAUCAAAGCUGUUCUUUAACCAGAAUACAUUCAGAAUCAAGACCAUAAAAUCAAGUACUUGUCCAAUCAGAACCUCUUUUCUCACCAUGGCAUUGUUUGCUUCUAAGUUAGUGGACAAUCUUGAUGGAGCCAAGACAGUAAAAACAGGAAAGCAGUUGAAAGUACAGAAUGCCGGAGCCCAUGUUUUGCUUAUUAGGAUGUAGUGGGAGGCAAAGUAAGUUACCUAGUAUAGAUUUCUGUCAUUAUCACAGCAGAAUUUCUGCAAGUUUGUGAGAUUUGCCAGUGUUUUUCAGUUAAAAUGUAAUAUAGUUAUUCAAAGCAACAUCUGAACAGGGUGCCCAAGAAUAGCACAGGCCAGUUUUUGCUAGGGAAAUGUAUAUAGACACAUCAAAAUUGUGUUGCUAUGACUAGUAUUUUUUUAAAAAACCUUACUUUUCCAGAGGUCUAGGCAAUAUGACAGUCUAAUCUUUGGCACUUUAGGUGCUCUGUGUGUGUAUGGAUAGGUGGCUAAGAUAAGAAAAUUUUCAUGUUUGUCUUCUGUUCCUCAUCUGAAACCUCCAGCAUUAAACCUUGCCUGUAGUUGUGCUCCUUAUUUUACAUAUGAAGAAGACAGAGAUUGGACUAAACUCAAUUUGGAGGCAGUCCAAGUUACUCUACCACAGCCUGCUAGGAGGUGGAUGAGUACUUCAGAUAGAUACUGUGGGAACAGCACAAGCCCUGAUCUCAAAAUUGAUGAAUUUAUAAAUGUGAAAUAUGAUGAAUUUAUAAAACAUGAAAAGUGUAUAAUUCCUCCAGUAGUCAUAAAUAACCAGAACUGUUUUGAUGGUUAUUGGUUUUGAUUGAUGCUGAGCUGGUGAUUCAACGUAGAAGGUUCACUGCUGUAAAUGUAGCCAUAAUUCUAGUGUAAUCAGUUGAGUUGUGCCUAUGUUCAGAAAGUCAGUCAGUGGUUUUAACUGUCGAUGUUCAGCACUUAAGAGAUUGUAUUUAUAUUUUUAAAGUAAUUGCAGAAUAAAGAUUUCAACAG